GACAAGUUCGUGGAAUUUUCUUCUCAGUUUCGGUCUCUGUGAAUUUUAGUCGCACCAUUUUCGUGGCAAGAAUAGGAACUCAAUAGGAACUGCAACAGAAGAAGUGCUUAAAAACCAUCAGGUAUUAACAACAUCAGUUGACAUCAUGAUGAAUCCGGAUGAUGACGAACCCGGGUCUUCUAGCCACACUCGUCAACCGUUUCCGGUGGAUGAAAUGAAAGAUGCUAACAAACGGGCCAGAAACAGCCCACCAAAUUUUUGUUCAAAGACCAAGAAGCUUCGUGUAGAGCUAACUGAAGAGGAGGAAGCCGCUUCCUAUUUUGGCCAGGAAUCUGAGAUUGGUCUCUCUAAUCCCUUCCAUCAGGGUGAAAAUAACAACCAUGGUACAGAGCCCAUAGUCAUCGAUGACGAUGAUGUGCCGCUUGUGGCAGAUGCCAAUAAUGAUCAGAGAUCGCAGAAUCCUAUAAUUCUCAUUCAGACUGACAGUGAGAGCGGGGACGAGACUGAGGAGCAGCCUCAGUAUCAGCCAUUGACAAGGAUGUCUUCCGCAGAGCAGGGGAAUGAGGAAAUUGUGGCUCCUGGUCCCAAUGAUGAUAUUGUCCCGAUCAUCGAGAUCAGUUCGGAUGAAGAUGAGGACGAAAGCGAUUACGAUGACGAGGAGGAGGAGGAGGAUGGAGAAGAAGAGCAGACAGAGGAAGAUGUAGAAGAAGAGCAGACAGAGGAAGAUGUAGAAGAAGAGCAGACAGAGGAAGAUGCCGAAUAUGAUACUAGAGAGGAGACUGGCACUAACGAGGAGUCUUCCAAUGUCGAUGAGUCUUCCAAUGUCGAUGAGUCUGCCAAUAGCGAUGAAUUUGAGGCUGCCCAGAAGAUCAGACGACACAUGGGAAAAGCUCUCGAUUUGAAUGACGCUUCCAACCGGCGGAUGCUGGAGAUUUUCACCGAUCUGCAGCCCCGUGUCGAGGUGAGCAAGGAGUACACUGCCAAGGCCGAGGACUUUAAAAUCAUACGUCUCGUUGGCCUUGGGGCAUUCGGAAAAGUUUACUUAGUCCGGAAGCUGAAUGGUUUAGAUGCCGGCCAAGUGUUUGCCAUGAAGGUGAUGAAAAAAAUGUCGAUCAUCCACAGCUUGGGCACCGCCAAGCACAUUAAAUGCGAGCGCGAGAUCCUUGAGCUCAUACAGGGAAAACCGUUUCUCAUUUGUUUGCAGUAUGCUUUCCAGGAUUAUAACUGUUUGUAUCUGGUCAUGGAUUAUGUCCGAGGCGGCGAGCUUUAUCGACGUCUCGCUUGUUACGGACCCCUUACGGAGCCAGAGGUGUGCCUCUAUGUCGCUGAGCUUGUGGUGGCCCUGGAGCAGCUGCACAGCCGUAAUGUCAUCUAUCGUGACUUAAAGCUGGAGAAUGUCCUGAUCGAUGAUGAGGGUCACAUCGUCCUGGCCGAUUUUGGCCUGACCACCAUCUUGAAGCCCGAACACAAUUACCGUUCGCAUGCCUUUUGCGGCACGGUGGAGUCUAUGGCACCGGAAGUGAUACAAAUUCCGCCGGAGGGCUACGGCAAGCCCGUCGACUGGUGGGGUGUGGGUAUUCUCACCGCUGAGCUCCUCUCCGGACAUAAUCCCUUUGCCAUACGAAACAAUAUGAAACCACAUGAAAUCGAAUACAAUAUUCUCAACAGGGACCCGCUGCUUCCUGCACAUUUGAGCCCAAGGGCAGCCGAUUUUAUUCGCAAACUCUUGGAUAAGAAUCCAAACCGACGGCUUGGCGGCUGGGAGAUCCGCAUGCAUCCAUUCUUUGCGCGAAUUAAUUGGACAAUGCUGAGUAUGAAGGGCUACUAUAUGCCCUUUGUGCCAGACAUUACGGCCAUCGAUGAUUUCCAGCACUUUGACACUGAAUUUACCGAUCAGCCCACCGAGCAUGCCUUAAAUGUGAAAUCGCCAUGCUUCCUAAAAAUUUACAGGGGCUUUGAGUUUACAUCGCCGGUGAUUCUGGAGAAGUUGCGUUGGCUUGAGGACCGGGGCACCGAGGUUUUCAAUGAUAAUUUGGAGAAUAUACCCCGUCGUCCGGAUGAUAUGAAGCUGGGCAGCCGUCUCUGUAGCGGUGACUUUGGCACCUGUUUCCAAAUGAACGAGAAUUAUUUGGUUAAAAUCGUGCAUCUUUCCAAAUUCCGUAUCGCCGAGGUGGACGCCUUAAUGUCCUUCUCGCACACAAAUAUCGUCAGGUAUUUCGGGACAUACUGGUAUGAAAGCGAGUUAUGGAUCGUCAUGGAGUACCUGAGGGGUAAUGAUCUAGGCUGGUCCAUCCGUCAAGGUCAGCUGAACGAGCGCUUUAGUCGCGCAAUAUUUCCGCAAUUGGUUAGUGCCAUUCGCUAUUUACAUAGGGGAAAAUUCAUUCACGGCGAUGUCAAGCCUCAAAAUAUAGUCUGGGUGGAUGAAAAGUCGCUGACAGUCAAGCUGGUGGACUUUGGCUUUGCCAGCUUCAACAGCGGUUUCAUCCAAUGGAAAGACAAGGCUCGCUAUACCCUGGACUAUGCUCCACCAGAACUUUUGGUUGAUAAUGGACGAGCCUUUUAUAGCCCGGCAGUGGAUAUCUAUGGAUUGGGGGCCACACUGUACUGCAUGGUUGUGGGCCAUCCUCCGUUCCGUUCAAAUGUCAACGAUGUGGAUCUGUCGCUGCAGACCAAAGAUAUCCUAAUUGAUUACAUGAGGCGUGGCGAAUUCAAUAAGAAGGCCGGCAAAUGGUUGGAUUCCAGUCGGGAGUUCCGUGAUCUGGUGUCCUGGUGUCUGAAGAAAAAUCCAAAUGAUCGUCCCAAGUUGAGGGAUAUAAGCAACUGUGAGUGGCUUAAGGCUGAUAAAUAUGAGGAUCUGGUUGUAGGAGGUAAACAACAGGAGGCUGCAGGUCAACUACAGGAGGUUGGAGGUCAACUUCAGGAAGCUCAAGGUCAAAUACAGGAGGUUGAAGGUCAACUUCAGGAGGCUGAAGGUCAACUACAGGAGGUUGGAGAUCAACUACAGGAGGCUCAAGGUCAAAUACAGGAGGCUGAAUGCGACCUGGAACUGGAGAUCGAAGGUGGACAAGAUGUGGCUGAAGGCGAUUUACUGGAGAUUGACGGUAAACUAUAUGUGGCUAAAACCGGACCACUGCCUGAAGGUGAAAUGUCGAUGGCUCACCGCGGACUAUCGGAGGUUGCAGAUGAACUAAUUGGGGCUGAAGAUCAACUAUGUUUUGGUUUUGAAAGGAAACAACAAGAGCUCCAAGCUCUGGCCCCUCGCUAUCCGAUCAAUCGUCGCUACAGCGUGGAUUAA